CUGACCAGAGAAAACAUCACCACCUCCCACUCCACCACUGCCAGGCUUCAGUGAUCUUUUAGAUUGUCUCAUUUCUCUUGUGUCUUCCAUCCUUACCGCUUCUGUUUUCUUUUUUUAAAGCUUUUUGGUACCAUCUGAUCUCGAUUCUUCUCGUCCUCUCUCCAGUGAUGUCGUCUCUUCUGAGGGAGGAGAUGCAGAGAGUUUUAUUCCGACCUACAAAACAGAGACUGGUGGAGUUUAUUGAGAUUGAAGAGCCAACGCACGGAAGACAUUUCAUCUGUGUCUCAGUUGCAAAAAACAAAUUGGUGCAGUUAUGUAUAGUGCGAUGUCAGAUAUCUCAGACGGCCCAAAAUUCUGUAUCCAAAGGGUCCCACACCCAACGCUCCAGUAUACAGGAGUGCUACAGGAGGACGGAGGUCUGGUCCCUGCAAGACCUGACUCUAGUUGACGGACGGGACCCUGAUGUGGAUGACCCCUGUUUCCUGCUGCACUUUGACAAGGUGCGUACAGUGACGGCCAUCAGCUGCUCAGCCAAAUACUCGUUUGUGCGUGCCCUGGUCGUUCUCUGCGACCAGAACUGUCAGAGGUCACUGAACCUGCGGAACUUUGACUGGGCCUACAUCAAGCCCACAUCCUUCUACUCUAACAGAGGAGACUGCAUCGUUCUAACACAGAUAUGCUUCUAUGCUUUCAAUUUGGUUUGUCUGUCUAUGUGUCCCGUGCCUCUGGAUGCGUAAUGUAAUGACACAAUGAUUGUAUGUGUGUGUGUGUUUGCCAAUUAAGUGUGUAUCUGUGUAUUUAGAAAACUUGUAGGAGUAGGAGGUGUGAAGUUAGUGUAGGCUUGUGGCUUCUGUUACACUGAAAGGGCUUAUUCACCAUGAAAUGUCUUUUGCAUUAAUAGUCUGCUGAAUGUAUCUCUCCAUGGCAAAUGCAA